UGUUAGAACAUUAUUAUUAUUAUUAUAUAUUUAAUAUUAUUACAUGUUAUUGUCAUCACUGUCUGAGGACAAAGUCGAGUCAUUAUAUCAAAUAAACAUAAAAAAAAAAACACACACAAAUAUACUUCUUAACCGUACUUAGUUAUAGUAAUAAACUUCAAGUUCACAAUACAUAUAGGUAAUAUUGAAAAAAAAAAACAGCCAUAAACCCUACCGACGGGCGACGACGAGCAUAGCAGAUUUCGAUGUCGUCCUAACGCGGUUUGCUGGUUGUUUGUUGCCAAUCGUGGCCCCCUGUCUCGGAUUUCCUUCAUUGAUGGGCCAGGGUGUCGAUUCGUCGUAGUGCAGACACCGAGAGUCUCGCCUUCGACCAGCCAAGGCCCGACUCCGUCGUUCUAUCGCCGCCAUCUAGCCAACAAGCCCUGACAGGAUGGAGCAGAUUUUCGGCAAGGAAAGCAACGAGGCCGAGAGCAAAAACAUCAACGUCCAGAGCGUCGUCGAUCGUCUCUUACACAUGUUGACCGCAGAUCGCGACGAAAAAGUUCUGAGCGCUGUCACAUUGUCUCUGCAAAAGUUGGCCGAAACGCAUUCCAAACAUGUGAUCCAAAACAUGAUACACUACAAACUGCAAAACUCGUUGAGCGUUGUCGAGACUAAAUCACUGUUAUCGGUAAUGAAAGUCGUAUGCGAAAAGCACCUGAACGAAUUUGAUGCCGAGCUUACAAACCAUCUAGUUCAGUUUGCCAAAAAUGAAAUGAUCCGGUCGUCGGACUCUCAGUUCCGGGCGUCUGAUAUCCUCAUUAUAUUAGGACGUGGUCGUUCUGAACAAAUUAUUCAAACCCUCAUGUCUCACCUACAAGAAGGCAUACCUCCUCAUUGUUCAAUAAUCUAUUCUCUUGGACAUCUAGCGGCCAACCAUCCACAGAAAUUCAUUGGAUUUGUCGAAUCAUUUUUGUCGUCCGUCUGCUCCAUUUUGGUACUAAUCAAAUCGGACGCUCAUCGGAAAAUAUACGCAACGGCUAUUGGACAAGUGUGUGCUUCCAUAAUCGAGUGCGAGUCUACAGAUUUUGACCAGACCAAGUUGAAAUAUUCUGCCAAAGUGGAAGAGGUGUUUAAAAUAAUGAAUCACUCUUGGUUGAUAUCGAAAGACGUCAAGGUUUACGAAUGCGUUCUCGAAGCGUUCAGCACGAUCAUAAUGUUGUUGAGCAAAGAAACCAUCAACAAAAGCGUCAUAUCUGUGCUGACCAAUAUUAUGAAUUUAUACAAGAGGUGUGCGUCCGUCGGCUUGUCUCGAUACUGGAUCACACAGUACUUGGCUAGUUUUCUAUCUGUAGCAUCAGAGGGUAUGUUGGAUCCAGUCAUCGACAACCUGUUCUUAAUUUUGCACGACAUGGUGGUCGUCAUGCCAGAUUACGAUUAUCCAAUGUCUAUGAAAAAUCACUCGGAAGUCCUUAGGUGCUACACUUAUUUGGGCAAUCACUUUGGCGAUAAAAUUUUCGACCUCAUCAUGCGAGACUUGCAGUCCAACUCUGACCAAGGGAGGAUGGGCGCUUUGCUUAUCGCUUCACACUUGUUGAACGCCUCUAACCAGAGCAUAAAAUCAAAAUCUUCGGAAAUCAUACCAAUUCUGUAUGAUCUGCUCAAGUCCAAUAUCACGUUUCAAAUGAAAAACUUGUUGGUGAAAAUAUUCAUUUGCUUCGCAUACCAAGGACACUUGACCGAAAAAGACGAUUGUUUUAUAGAGUUUCUGAUACGAAACAUCUGCAAUUAUGGCUCGUCAAAUAACAAAUAUUCGUACGAAAACGAAGGUCAGCAAAUCAAACAGACGUGCGAAGACGCCAUUUACAUUUUGUGCACCUCUAUCGAGCCGGUGCAGACGUUGUGCUGGAACAAGCUGUUGAGUUGUCUGCUCAAUCCCGAGUACGAGAGCGCUAUACCUUCGAUUGCCCGAUCGUUGGCGCACAUGGCCACAAAGUCGCACUUGAGGUCCAUUAGGUUUGUGCAGGAGAAAGAUUUGAUCGUAUCGCGGUGUCUGUAUCUGUUGUGUCAACCGUUCAAAGACCACCGGGGCAGUUCAGUGAUCAAUUUCCUGCUCAAUUACGGUUUUCACGAUUUGUCUGACAACGAGAAGGCAUUCUGGAUGAAACACGCUGACAUACUUGUGCACUUUUUGGACGCCGCACCGGAAAACGGACAGAAGCAAUGGGAAGCGGUGCUGUUGAACACGCUGACGAUCGCGCUGGAAGAGGGAAACGUCGACAAGUAUUGGUGUUUUCACUUGACCGAAAAGGUGUUGGACGAGCUGGGGAAAACGUGCGACCACGCCAAGACGCUGACGGCCGACAUGUUCCUCAUCAUCAAAGUGGUGGCCAAGGUGGCCGUGUAUUUCGACAACAGGGAAUUGUCGCUGACCAAAAAGCUGAUGCACCUCAUAUUCCAGUCGCUGGCCAGGAUGGCGUUCGACAACAGCGUUGAACUGUCCAGCGCCAUCGGUGUGCUGAGCCGUGCGCACACAGGUUUCGUGGUCAAGCAACUGCUGGAGUUUGUCGGCAGUGAGCUGAAUAAGCAGCCCAACAAGUUUCUGGUGCUCAUCCGGGACAAGGGCAACGAGCUGAACCGCGACAAGAUUCGCUCGUCCAUCGCUAUCAUCGUGUCAGACAUUGUGAAAAACGGGCAACUCCAAUCCGUCAUCAGCACCGUGUACGACAUCGUCAUACUCAUCACCCAGCAAAUAGGCCUGACCAAGAAUCUGGACACUAAGAAACUGUUGAUCAAGUGUCUGGGCAAUGUGGCCGAACUCACGGGAAAGGUGGACAACAGCGACACCGUACCCAAUCUGACCAUCAUCCGGGACACUGUCAUUAAAAUGUUGGUCGAGCAAAUCACCAAUUACAGUUCGCUGACCGAUACGUUGUACUACCAAGUGUUGGGAUCUUAUAUCAAACCCGUACCCGACAUAGAACCCGUAGACAUGGGCACGAGGUCGUUGAUCAUAACCAAAUGCAUCGCCAAGACAUUCCAACUGUCUUCAUCCGAUAUAGCGAUGUCCGACGAAAAGCAAGUUCUGUCCACACUUGACCAUUUGUGCGAUGUCAUCGACAAGUUGAUUAUUAUCCGAAGCGGAUCGUUCGAAGUCAUUGACGAGAUCAAUCAGAUACUGGAACCGUACAUGGUGUCCAGGAGGAGUUACCAGCGGUUCAUUGCCAGUCAGAUACUGCAGAAUAUCCUCAACUGUUACUACAAACACAGUAACUUUCAGAUGACAAAGUUGCCGCAGUGUUUGAAUUCAUCGGCCGCCCUGUUCGCUCAGAUGUGCAUACGCAUGGGCGAUCCCGACGAGAAGACCCGCUUAAAUGUUUACAAGACUUUGGACAUCCUGCUAAGGAUCACGGCCAUCUACAAGGGCACGUUCACAGAGAGUUUCAUCAAGGAAUCCGAAUUUAUCGACAAAAUCAUGAGCGACCACAGCACUGAGUCGUACAAAUUGCUCCUGGAGGCCAUGCAGAAAAUAUUGGAGCCGUCCGACCUGCCAAAUUUCUGUAUAUACUUCAUCGACGGUUUAGCCGACAACGAAGAGGAAUGUCAGCUGAAAACUAGCGAGAUGCUGAUCAUACUAUUUCCGAUAGUGGCUCAACAGUUUUCACAAAAAGCUUUCAACGAAAUCAUGGGUCAAUUGUUCCAAAGGAUCGAGAGUCCCAACGAAGAAAUCAAAGCAAACAAUAUUAAAUCGUUGAUCACCCUAGGAAAGUACAACGUACCUGAUUUUCUGGAACUGCUCAUCAAUCAGAAUUUACCGUUUAACAUGACCGUGUGCACCAUUUGGCAGAGUCUGGGCAGCGAAGGGCAGAUAAGUCCAAAGAUAGUUAACGCCCUAUUGGAGUUCAUAACGUUAACGCCGUUGUACGACAACAGCGCCAAACAGUUCCUGAACAAGCCGGUCGCCUCGCUUAUCCCUAUAGCCGCCCUAAGCGGUUUGAACGAAGUCCUGAAACAAUAUGACCGACAGCCCGCCAUGGACUCGUUCCCGGAUCUGUUCAACAUUAUAUUCCUCACGUUGGCCGCGCUCAUCGACGUCGGUUCGCCCAUCCGGGGAGCCAACAAGAACGUGUUUGUGUCGUACAAAGAGGUGUACGACAUAAACCCGGCAAAGAUCGCCCACGAAACUCUGUACAACUUUUUGAGAGCAGUCCAACUCAUAGAGUGCUCGGACAACGUGAUGGAAGCCGUCACGUGCUUGGACUCGACCGUCGACAUUGUAAUGCACAAAUUGGCGCCGUGCAUAAUCAAAGGACUUGUCGAAAGCCAUCCUGAACUGAUCUCCAAAAUAAUCAACCGGUUUGACAAGAACUUGAGCAGCACAAUGGAAUGUCAACGGAUCGGCAUAGUCGUGCUGUGCUUGUGUUGUGCCGAAGCAACUACCAACGACGUCAUGUAUGCCAAUAGUCUAAUCAACGUGUUCCUUAAGUGCUUGAGCGACAAUUCGUUCGCCGUGAGAAGAUACUGUUUGAAAGGUCUGACGGUGAUUUGCCAAAACCAACAACUUGAGUCGGACAAUCAGUGUCAAUUCAUUUUGGACGCCCUGAUGCAAGGCCUCGACGAAUACCAAACGCAACAGACAGACAUAACGUUGGAAGCUCUGCGAGGUCUCAUCUCGUUGAUUCCCCAUCUGUCGGCUGAGCAAUUCGAAAAACACUACGCCACGCUCACGUUCAGGAUCAAGCAGUUUUUCGAGAACGAAAACAGUGAAAUGCGGUUCACUUCGAUACGGCUUUACGGCGAACUGUGUGCGAAAACCAAAGACUUCGACAUCAACGUCGACAUGUCUCUACAUCACAACAGCAUAGUGACGCUUCUCAUGCACUUGUGCGAAAACAAUAAACAUAUCGCCGAGGCUUGUAAGUACGCUUUGAAACAGGUCAGCGCCGUGUUGCAGUCAGAAAAAAUCGUGUCCUUAACCGAAAAGCAUUUGGUCGAAGACAAAAAAGUCAAAUAUUUGGAAUUCGUCACGCUCAUUUGUAAUAUUAUGAUAGAAGAUUUUUUACUUCACACCACUACGUACACCAUGAUCGGAUUGUCGUACACUAAGAGCGUGUUUCCCGAUAUUAGAGCCAGUGCCGCACUAUUUGUCGGCAUACUUUACAAAGUCAAUCCGGAUAAGUCGUUGUUCAGCAUGAUAUCGAGCAAAAUGUUGGUGUUGACCAACGAUCCGAAUCCGAACGUCCGAGCCAGCGCUGUCACUUGUCUGGGAAAACUCUAUUCUUGAGACUAGUAAAAGUACUUAAGUCAAAAAAUCUCUAUGUUACUUUUUAACUAAUUUUUUUAAAGUUAAUUUAUUAUUAUUUUUUUUUUUUUGGGAAAUAACAAACUAUUGUUUUUGUGUUUUUAUGUAGUGAUAUUUUUUUUUGUUAUAAAAUUUGUUGUUAAAAAAAAAAAAAAAAUUGGAAAUUUUAAUCCAUUUUUCCUUUGGUGAUUAAAACGAAUUUGUUGUAUUUCAUUCGUUCUCCACAAAAUGGACAUCAGUCAAAUAAACAAUUUUGCGAAAACAUUCUUUUUUACGUCUGUCCUCUCGUUGUUGUGAUCCGUUAACUUAUACAUGAUAUAUACAAUUAUUGUUUUGUCUUGCAUAUUUUUAUCGUUGUCGACGCUUUGCGUUUUUUUUUUAAACUCUAGUUCAUUUGUUUUUGUUCAAAACUUGUUUUUCGUUAACGUCGCAAUAUUCGAACUGACUACGGUAACUAUUAAAUAAAAUAACGUUAAAUUUUCCGUAUUGUUUUUUUUUUCUAUUAUGAUUAAUGAUAUCCAUGAAUGUUGUGAAACACAAUUUUAUCGUAACUCUACUAUUACUAAUAAUAAAAAAAAAUAUAUAUAUAUUGUAUACGUCGUUUUUGCAAUCACAUUUUACG